CCUCACCCAUGGCGCCCGCCGCGGCCGUCGCCGCCGCCGGAGCCGGAGAGACGGGGCGCCUGGCGGGAGAGGUGGCGCGCGUGCUUGACGAGUGCCGCGCCUCCCUCGCCGUGCACCCGCGGAAGUUCAGGGAGCUCGCGGCGCUCCGCUCCUCCUCCCCCUCCGCCGGCGGCCGGUUCCUCCAGGCGUUCUGCGCCGCGCUGACCCCGCUUUUCGACCCCGUGAAGCGCUCAGCCGCGGUAGAACGCGUCGCGCGCUUCGCCGCCGCGUUCGCCUCCGCCUCCGCUGCCGGGGGCGGGGCCGGGGGCGGGGACGGGUUCCUCGAGGGGUUCCUCAGAUUCCUCCUCGCUGCCUCCGCUGCCGCGCACCGCCCCGCCCGCUUGCGCUCUUGCCAGAUCAUUUCUGAGAUAAUAAUGCGCUUGCCGGAUGAUGCUGAGGUGAGCGAUGAGAUUUGGGAUGAAGUGAUUGAUGGCAUGAAGGCUCGCGUUCAGGACAAAAUCCCUGGAAUCCGUGUCUUUGCCGUGCGUGCAUUGUCACGCUUUGCAAGUGAUGGGGAGGACAGUGAUAUCGUUGAUCUUUUUCUUGAGACCUUAGAAAAAGAACAAAAUGCCGAGGUCCGGAAAGCAAUUAUUUUGUCUCUUCCACCUUCAAAUGCUACAUUGGAUAUUGUCAUUGAAUCAUCUCUUGAUGUAAGUGAAUCUGUUAGGAGAGCAGCAUACUGUGUGCUUUCAACUAAAUUUCCCCUACAAAGUCUUAGCAUUAAGCAGAGGACAAGUCUCCUUCACAGAGGUCUCUCUGAUAGAUCUGCAUCAGUGAAUAGUGAAUGCCUGAAAAUGCUCAAGGAUGAGUGGCUUAUGAAAUAUUGUAGUGGAGAUGUCAUCACCCUUCUCAGGUUUCUUGAUGUUGAGACUUAUGAGGAGGUAGGAGAAACAGUAAUGGGGGUGCUUAUGAAAGAUGGUUCUGUGCGCGUGCAAGAUGGGCAGACUAUUAGGCAGUACUUCACUGCAAAUACUGAGGAUGAAGCAGAACAGGUUCCCAAAAUUCAGCUUAUGGAUGCUGAGGUUGCUCUCUACUGGAAGAUUAUGUGCAAGCAUUUGCAAGCUGAAGCUCAGAUCAAAGGCUCAGAGGCUGCAACAACUACAGGCACAGAAGCAGCAGUAUAUGCUUCUGAGGCUUCUGAUAAAAACGAUCUUCUAGAUGGUGUUCUUCCUAGCACAAUCUCUGAUUAUGUUGCUUUGGUAAAAGCGCACCUUUCUGCUGGACCAAAUUAUCACUUUGCAUCACGGCAACUACUGUUGCUUGGUGAAAUGCUCGACUUUUCUGAUACCAUGAACCGUAAAGUUGCAAGUUCAUUUCUACACGAGCUUUUGACCAGGCCUCUUGAACAUGAAGUUGAUGAAGAUGGGAAUAAGAUGGCCAUUGGAGAUGGUGUGAGCCUUGGAGGGGAUAGGGAGUGGGCCAAAGCAGUAGCAGAAUUGGCUAAAAGAGUGCAUUCUGCUGUUGGUGAAUUUGAAAUGGUGGUUGCUACUGUGGUUGAAGAACUGGCUCGACCAUGCAGGGAGAGAACUGCUGACUUCAUGCAUUGGAUGCAUUGUCUCGCUGUGACAGGUCUUCUCCUAGAGAAUGCUUCAUCCCUGCGGAACCUCCAAGGCAAAGCAAUUGAGCCUCCAGAACUACUUCAGUCUUUGUUGCUUCCUGCCACAAAGCAGAAUCAUGUUGAUGUACAAAGGGUUGCUUUGAGAUGCCUUUGUCUUUAUGGAAUGUUAGAGAACAGACCAAAUGCAGACUUGGUGAAGCAAUUGCGGUUAUCCUUCAUCAAUGGACCCGACCUAGUUAGUGCUAUGGCAUGCAAGGCCUUGAUUGAUCUUGUAACUUGGCAUGGUCCACAAGAAAUAGACCAAGCCAUUGGAAUUGAUUCAUGUGAUGCUACCAGCGAGAAAGCCCAGUUUACUAUAGUAGACAUUUCUAAUAUGAAUGAUGACCAUCUGAAUGUUGGAGUUCUUGAUAUUCUAUUUUCUGGUUUUCUUAAAGAUGACUGGGAGUUUACUCUGGAAGGUGACAAUCAUGAUAAUGUCCCAACCAUUCUCGGUGAGGGUUUUGCAAAAAUUCUUCUUUUGAGUGAGAAUUAUGCGAAGAUAUCUGCUGAUUUGCAUCCUGUAGUCCUGGCUCGACUUGUCAGUUUGUAUUUCAUGGAGGAAACUAAAGAACUUGAAAGAUUGAAACAGUGUCUGUCUGUCUUCUUCCAGCACUAUCCAGCCCUUUCAGAGAAACACAAGAGGUGUGUCUCCAGCGCAUUUGUGCCAGUGAUCAGAACCAUGUGGCCAAGUUUAUAUGGUAAUGUUGGAGGUAGUGCGCAUGUUGUUUCAAAAAGGCGAAAAUAUGCUGUCCAAGCAGCUCGUUUUAUGGUUCAAAUGGUACAAACUCCACUCUUUUCAACGGAAGCUACAGAGGAAGCUAGUACAAGUCCUGAAAGUCAGUCAACUAAACCAGAUAUGUCAAACAAUUUUGACAUUAGUGAGGAAGGGCUUGCCAUCCGUAUUGCAGUUGAGGUAGCAAAUUGCCCAGAAAAGAAGACAGCAGCUGGGAAAGCAUAUUGCUUGGCCUUGUGCAAGGUGGUUGUGCUUCUAAGGUUCCGGCAAUCCGAACAGAAGGCCAUCAAAUGCAUGAGAGGAUUGGUCAAUGCAUUGGCUGCUUCGGCUGCAUCCGAUAAGGAGCUUCUGAAAGAGCUAACCCAGAUGGCAUCCCGUCUCAGAUCACUAGAUGAGCACCCAGAAGAAGAGUUGCCACAAGAGGAAGCUGAAGAAAUAUUCAAGAAACUAGGAUUGGACGGUGGCUUCAAGUUGGAGACUACUUCUGUGGUGCCACCGACACCGGCGCCACGGUCAGUCCGGCCACCUCCCAGCAGAAGAGCGAGACGGCCGUCAUCCUCUAGCGAUGACAGUGACAUCGAUGGUUUCGAGAGAAAAUUGCACGCGACGUCGGUGAGCCGGGUUGCGGCCACUCCGGUGAUGACCGGGGCGCGUUCGCAGAGAGCAAGCAAGACGGCGGCGAUGUGCAGGAUGACUGCGAAGCCCGCCGUGGCGUCCUCUGACGAUAAUCAAUCGGAUGACCAGUCAGGCGUGACAUCUGAUGAAGAUUCCUCCGACGUGGAAUCAUCGUAAAUGAUAUUGUAGUUUCUCUCUUAGAUACUGCUGGUGUUCUUAACCGAAAGAACCCAGCAGGAACCCUAAAUUAUGGUGAUGGCUUGGACAUGUCGUUACCUACUCAUCUGUGUUUUGUAUCAUGUAUGACAGCAAACUGUCCAAAUUCGAGGACAUGCAGCCUGCUUACGCUGCAUUAAUGCUUAUUACGGGUGAACUUGUGUAGAAAACGGAGAUUAUCGAUAUCGGCACAAUUGUAAAGCGUCUUGCGACAUA